AUGCGUUCUGACAAGCUUCUCGUGCUCGCCGGUCUGGCGAGCUACGCUCUCGCUCUCCCCACCAAGGACUUGGACGCCCGUACCUUUGGCCUCGUUGCCGAGAUCCUCACCGACAUUGGCGAGGACUUGACCGGCUUCAUUGAGGCCCUCCUCGGCGGCGGUGUCAAGAGCUCCGCCAGCCUCCUCACAGGUAUCAGCGCUCAGGCAGCCGCGGUCCUUGAAGGUGGUGCUCUGGGUUGCACAGCCGGCACCAUCGAGGCCUCCGCACGUGCGGAGUUGGCUGCGUGGAUCCGGGCCCAUGCCGAGUUCGAUGCGUCGCUCAAGACAUCUCUGCUGGCCUGGUGUGAGGGUAGUGCAUCUGCUACUUUGUCCGUCGAUGUCCGUGCUGGUCUGGCCCUCUUCAUCCCCACCUGCGCCGAGGUUGCCGCCAAGGGCGAUCUUUACGUGACUGUCGACGGUAUCUUCUCCGUUACCGACCUCGAGGCUGCCGUCGUCCUCAGCUCUUCUCUCCAGACUUCCCUGUCUGCUUUCGUUUCCGGAUCCGUCGGUGUCGAAUUGGACGUCGAUGUCCGUGCUGGUCUCUCCCUCUGUGCCGGCGGCGGUGUUGUCGCCGACCUGGCUGCCGAUGUCGAGGCUGCCCUGAAGGCCUGGCUUUCUGGUUCCGAGUGCUCUCUGAGUGCUUCCCUCAAGGUUGCCGUUGAGGCCUGGUUGGAGGGCAAGACCGCCACCGGUGUUGUUACCAUCGGCACCGUGCCCACUGCUGGUCUCACUACUGUCUCCGUUGGAGCCGCCAUCAGCGCCCUUGUCGAGACGUCCGGUACCCUCACCGCCAGCGCCCAAGCCUAUCUCUCUGCCUUCCUCAAGUCCUCCCUCGCCGCCGACAUUGAGUCCGACGUCGAAGUCGUUCUGGAGGCCUGUAUUGCCGGCAAGCUUGCCAGUUCCGUCAGUGCCGACGCUCGUGUUGCUCUGGCCACUUGGCUCUCCGGAUCCAGCUGCAGCCUGGGUGUCGAAUUGAAGGCUGUUCUCUACUUCUGGCUUUCCUUCGCUCUGAGUGGCGAUGUCACCAUCGACCUGUCCACCGACAUCAUCACCGAGCUCGAGACUUUCAUCACCGGUACCAUCGACACUCUCAUCGGUGUUAACAUCAGCGGUAUUCUCUCUCUUCUGCUGUCUGGCGAGAGUUUGGCCUCCAUUUCUCUCGACUCUCGCGCCGAGCUGUCCGCUGUCAUCGGUGGUGCUGCCGGUGUCGACAUCAGCUCCUCCAUUGAAGUGAUCAUCAUUGAAUGGCUCACCGGCUGCAGUCUGUCUGGCGGUCCUACGGUCUCUAUCGGCUCUGGUUCCGGCUCCGGCAAGGGCGCCUCC